CCAGCAGGAACGGCUCAUCGCCCGGCUUCCCGUCCGCCCCAGAAAACAUUGUUCCAUCGCAGUGAGCAGCGUCCCUGCGAACCUGCCUCAGGCUUGGUGGCGGUCCCCACAAUGCCAGGCUCGUGCAGGCUGGUGGUCUACACGCUGCUGGGUCUGGUGUCCCUGCUGGUGCGGGGGCUGUCCCUGCCCUGCCCCGCCACCUGCCAGUGCUACGACACCUCCAAAGUCUUCUGCUCGGAGGAGAGGAUGCAGGAGAUCCCGGCAGGUCUGCCAGGGAACGCCACCCAGCUCUUCUUUGUGGAGACGGCCCUGAGCAGCAUCCGCAGUGGGGCCCUGGGCUCCAGCACCACCCUCACCAAGCUGGUCUUCCUCAACAACAAUAUCCAGGAGCUGGAGGCCGGCGCCUUCCGGGGGCUGCCCAGCCUCACUGAGCUGGAGGUGUCGGGCAACCCCUUGCCGGCGGUCAGCCCGGGGAUGCUGAUGGGGCUGCGCAGCCUCAGCAAGCUCUCCCUGGGUGCCAACACCUUCCGCUCCCUGCAGCCGGGGCUCUUCACCGCCGCCUGCCACCUGCAGGACCUGCGCUUGCCGGGGAACAAGAUCGAGGCGCUGCCCCUCGGCAUCUUCCGCCCCCUUCGGCACCUCCAAACCCUGGACCUCUCACAGAAUGUCCUGGCCGAGCUGCCGGCGGGGCUGCUGGCCCCCCUCGCCACCCUCCGCCUCCUCAAGCUCAGCGACAACCUGCUGGCGCGGGUGCCCGCCGGUGCUUUCAGGGCGCUGGGCCAGCUGGCCGAGCUCCACCUGGAUGGUAACCGGCUCGAGGAGUUGCCGGAUGGCCUCUUCGCCGGGCUGGGGGGGCUGCAGCGGCUGCAGCUGCAGCACAACGCCCUGGGCAGCCUGGCCCCCGACAUCUUUGCCGAUCUCCCCAACCUCACCGUCAUCAGCCUGGAGGGCAACCACCUGGCCACCCUGCCCGCUGCCCUCUUUGCCGGCACCCCUCGCCUCCUCCACCUCUCGCUGGCCCGCAACCGGCUGGAGACGCUGCCCCAGGAGAUCUUCGCCAACCUCUCGGCGCUGCAGACCCUGGUGCUCUCGCACAACGCCAUGGUCCACCUCCCCGCCGGGGUUUUCCAGGGGCUGGUGGAGCUGGCGACGCUGCAGCUGAGCCACAACAACCUGUCCAGCCUGCCGGCCGGGCUGCUGGCCGGGCUGCCCCUCCUUACAGCCCUGGCCCUGGACCACAACCACCUGGCCCGCGUGCCCCCGGGGAUUUUGGAUGCCAAUGGGCAGCUGGUACGCCUGGGGCUGGCCAACAACCCCUGGGCCUGCGACUGCCACCUCGCCUACCUCCUGGGCUGGCUCCAGAGCUUCGCCGAGCCCCUCAUCCAUGCACAAGCCUUCUGUGCCGGCCCGGCUGCCCUCCAGGGACGGUCCCUGCUGGAGGUCCCACAGGGGCAGCUGGAGUGCCCGGCAGUGCCUGGUGUCCUCCCGGAGGAGGGCUGGGACGGGGAGCCAGGGGAGGAUGCUCCAGGACAGUGCACCUACAGCAACCCCGAGGGCACUGUAAGCGUGGCCUGCGAUGCCACGAGUUGCCAGCAGCUCAGCCUUCGCCUCCCUCCUCCUCCUCCUCCCAGGCAGGCAGCGGGCCCGGGGCUGGCGUACCAGGGUGCCUGGGUGCUGCACUCCCGCUGCGGCACGCUGCAGGUCAGCGUCCUCAUCACGGCGCAGAGCGGGGAUGAGGCCACCUCACCAGGGCUCCCCGCUGCGCCCUAGGGCUUUGGCGGGUACCCGCUCCGGCUCUGCUGUUGCUUUGGCCACCUCCAAAUCAGCCUGGGAAAAGCACCUCGUCUUGUUCUGCCACCCCUGCCAUGGUUACCAGCUGUCACCAAGCUCUCUGCAAGAA